GGUUCGGGUGAAGAGCUUGCUUAAGGCCAAAGCCAAAAACCAGAAAAUGAAUAAUAUACUAGCAAAAUACAUGAUCGGCCGGCCGCCAACGAUAACUUCCGAUCAAAUCCAUCGAGAUCCCAAAACCCAACUCCUCCGAUCAGGGUUUUUCACUUUCUUCCCCGUUUUCCCUCACUUUCAUUUCAACCAAGCAAACGCCAUUCCCUCCCCACCGAGCUAUAAAACCACAAAUUAAAAACCCCACGAAAGAUUUUCUGAUAUGGAUUUUAACGAACUAGAGGCGAUCGAAGGCCUACGAUGGUCGUGGCACUCCUGGCCGACAACGAAACCCGACUUAACGAUCCCACUCGCCGUCAUGUGCACGCCGUUAACGGAAUUCGCGGAGCUUCCGAUCCUCCCUUACGACCCUCUCACUUGUUCCAAGUGUGGCGCCGUUUUGAACCCAUACGCACGAGUUGAUUACACCUCCCGUAUCUGGUUUUGCCCUUUCUGUUUCUUCAAAAACCCUUUCCCUCGAACUUACUCUUCUUCACUCCGUGAAUCCAACCUCCCUGCCGAACUCUUCCCAAAUUACAGCUCCGUUGAAUACGCAAAAACUGUCAAUUCCGUUAGUAAUCCUAUUGGGUCAUCGUUGUCGUCGUCUUCGUUAUCGUCAAUGACGUCACUGAAAAUGACGGCGUUGGCCGGAGAGGUGGGUGUUAGAGGUCCGGCAUUUGUGUUCGUGGUUGAUGGGUGUUUGGAGGAAGAGGAGUUGAGAGGGCUUAAGAGGGAGUUGUUGCGCGUGGUGGAACAACUGCCGGAGAGCGCGUUGGUUGCGUUGGUUACGUUUGAUGCAAUGGUGAAUGUGUAUGACCUUGGGUUUUCGGAGUGUUCGAGGGUUGUCGUGUUUCAUGGUGAUCGGGAGCUUUCGUCGGAGCAGAUACAAAAGUUUCUUGGACUUGGUGGUACAAAGCGACAGCAACUUGGAAAGACCCCUGUUAUCCAGAAGCAGAGUUUUCUACUGCCCAUAUCUGAAUGUGAGUUCAAUAUAACAUCUGCAAUUGAGGAGCUCCAUUCUUCUGCGCAGGUGACACCAGGCUAUCGGCCUCAAAGGUCAACUGGAGCGGCAAUAUCAACUGCCCUAGGACUUUUGGAAGGAUGCGUGGUGAACACGGGAUCCAGGAUCAUGGUCUUCACAUCUGGACCUGCUACUCUGGGCCCAGGGAUUGUUGUAGACUCAGAUCUUGGUAAUGCUAUCAGAAAUCAUAGGGAUCUCAUAAAUGGUCAGGCACCGUACUAUCGAAAGUCUAGCACCUUUUAUAAGAGAUUAUUACAGAGACUAUGUGAUUCAUCUGUUGUUCUUGAUUUAUUUGCUUGUUCUCUGGAUCAAGUUGGAGCAGCUGAGCUAAGAGUACCUGUGGAGAGUUCAGGUGGAUUCAUGAUUCUGGGGGAGUCUUUCGAAUCAGAUCAAUUCAGAAAAUCCAUGAGGCAUAUAUUUAGUCAUGAUGAAGAGGGAAAUUUGAAGAUGUAUUUUGAUGCAACCAUUGAGAUAGUGACCACUAAAGAUGUAAAAAUCUGUGGAGCCCUUGGACCUUGUGUUUCUCUUAAGAAGAAGAAUAAUUUAGUGAGUGACAAUGAGAUUGGGGAUGGCGGUACUUAUAUGUGGAAGUUGGGUACACUUACUAAUAAAACAUGUGUUGCUUUCUUCUUCCAAAUAAAUGAUGAGCAUAAACCUCAAGCUGGAUCUGCAUUUCUGAUACAGUUCAUAACACGAUAUAGACAUGGGAACAUGGGAAUCCGGAAAAGGGUGACAACUGCUGCAAGAAGAUGGGUUGCAAAGCAGUCACCAGAAAUUCCUGCUGGGUUUGAUCAAGAAGCAGCAGCUUCAGUUAUGGCCAGACUUGCCAUCCACCGAGCAGAGACAUGUAAUGCUAGAGAUGUUAUCAGAUGGCUGGAUGAUACACUUAUCCAUUUUGCUUCCAAAUUUGGAGACUAUGUACAGGAAGAUCCUUCUUCAUUUCGUCUCUCAUCAAACUUCUCUCUUUACCCCCAAUUCAUGUUCUAUUUAAGAAGGUCCCAAUUUCUUGAUGUCUUUAACAGUACCCCUGAUGAAACUGCAUUCUUUCGGCUGAUGCUGAAUCGGGAAGGAGUUAUGGAUUCAAUUGUCAUGAUCCAACCCACACUUCUACAGUAUUCAUUUGAUGGGCCUCCAGUUCCGGUCCUCUUAGACAUUCGCUCUAUAUCCCCAGAUGUUAUUUUACUCUUUGACUCUUACUUUUAUGUGGUUAUUCAUUAUGGAUCCAAGAUUGCUCAAUGGAGAAAGCUUGGUUAUGAUAAAGACCCAAACCAUGAGAAUCUGAUGAAGUUGUUGGAAGCCCCGCAACUUGAUGCAGGGCAGUUGGUGGCUGAACGAGUUCCACCUCCAAAGCUCGUUAAAUGUGACCAGCAUAGCAGUCAGGCAAGGUUUCUUCUUGCCAAGUUAAACCCCUCUGUUACUCAGGAUUCAACUUACACGGAUGGGUCAGAUAUCAUAUUUACUGAUGAUUUGAGCUUACAAGUUUUCAUAGAUCACUUACAGGCCCUUGCGGUGCAGGGCUAAUUAUGUGGAGUUCUACACAGCAUCUCUUCUACAGGAGGUAUGCUUCAUAGGGAAGCAGACAUACAUCCUUCAUAUUGUUGUAUAUUGCUUUCAAGAGUAAGGCUGUCUAAUUAUCUUCACAUCAUUUUUUCCUUCUAAUUGUGAAAUUAGGGCUACAUAGAUUGCUUUAGUAUGGUUUUCCAAGUUGAGUGAGUUAAAGCAAUUGUCAUUGGUCUCUGAUCUUUUUGUCAUCUCGGCUCCCACACUUGUUCUAUUACAACUAUUGCAUUAAAGAGGAACAAAGUGACGAAGGAUUAAGCUUUGCUAUGACUUUGCAAAUCUCGUGUUUGCUCAAAGAUUUUGGCAUUACUCUUUACAGAACUGUUUAAGUGUGGCAAAAGGACUAGUGCUAACCGGCAAGACUGGCAGUAGCCAUAACUCCCCCAAAGGCAAAAGGAGCAUUUCCUGGUGCUAACUGGCCGUAGCGAUAACUCUGGUGUACUGAAGUACAGCACGAGAAGAUUCAUUUCUUUAUGUAAAUCAUCUUCUCUGAUGUAAUCUGAGCACUGAGUUUUCAUAAAAUAUAUAAUAUUUUCAUUGACUUUGGCUAAUGGA